AGAAUAUACCUAGUAUAUCUCUGUUUUCUGAAACGAAAGAGCACUUGAAUCAAAAUGCAGAGCAUUAUUUUCAUCGUUAGUUGUUUGGCAAUUGUUGGCGUCUCAGCAGGUCAACCAGUCGAAUCAUCUGAUGGCAUCGAUGCGAGAGCUCUCAAAUUCGGACCAACGACGGGUAGAAAGGGUAUCGCUGCAAAAGUUCAAUGUGUAACAGACACCAUAGACGGAGUCGUCAAUGAAUACCAGUGCCAACCAGUGUGGCGUAACGUUGAACAACAGCUUCAAACAAGCAUUGGCAAUUUAUUUUUGUGUCUCAAGUAUCAAGGUUUUCAAGUUCAAACAUGCGUCGCCAGAGAAGUGUUCAAUACUGGACUUUCCAUGAACAAUCUCCUGACCAAAUUGGAUUCGGAUUAUCCUGAAGCUGGUAAACAAUUUUUAAUUGAUAACACACCGAAUAUACCGAACCAUGGUUGCAACCAUUCCUGUCAAUUUUAAGAUUGUUUGAUAGUUUUACGAAAUAUUACACAUGUGAUAUAUUCUCUAGUAUAUUCUUCAGUAAAUAAAAAACUGACAAAAAUCCAA